CCUGCGUGGACACCGCUUUCUCCGGUGACCCAACCCCUUAACGGCUCUCCUCUCCCGGUCCUUGCCUGAAGUGUGGCCGUGGGCGCCUUGUCUAGCCUGUCUCUCCUAGAAGUCCAUGCCCCUCUUUUGAACCAUGGGGGACCCCUCCGAGGCCCCUUCCCGGCAGUACACCAACCCGAGGAGUUUCCAGGGCCCCGAUGGCCGGCGCAGUCAGGAGUCCUCGCAGCCCCAGGCUGCAGUCCCGGAAGAGGUCCCACAGAUGCUUCUGUCCCAACAGCGGGGCAGUCAAGGGCCCCCCUCUGGCCUCCCGCAGACCAACCUCCGCUGGUCCCAGGGAGCCAGCCUGCCCGAAAAUGAGAACUGGCAGACGUCCCAGAUCUUCCAAGCCGCGGAGGCCCCCAUGGGCCACUCAGAGCACCCCGGCUUUCCCUUGGGGUUCCAGACCCACGCCUACAUGGAGGACAGCAGGACCCUGGCCAGCGAACACACCACCAAUCUGAUGCUGCAGCAGCUGCAGCAGGGCCAGGGCAGUCUCUUCCAGCAACUGGAGCCCACCUACCACUCCCCAGGGGCCAGCUUCCUGAGCCAGUUCGACAGCUCCCAGAGAGAAGACCAGCACUUCAGGCCGAGCACCCAGCACAGUCCCUACCCAAGGGACGACCCUGGAUCCCCGAGGUUCUCGUUCUCAGAGCAGGGCUUCUUGUACUACAGCCCUGAGGUGCCUGAGCCACAGCCGCGGGAUCUGGCGGUGCAGAACGCCAAGGCCUACCUGCUGCAGACCAGCGUCGGCUCGGACCUCAGCCUGUACGAGCACCUGGUGAACCUCCUGACCAAGAUCCUGAACCAGCGGCCCGAGGACCCCUUGUCCAUCCUGGAGUCUCUGAACCGCACCACACAGUGGGAGUGGUUCCACCGCAAGCUGGACACGCUACGGGAUGACCCCGAGAUGCAGCCCGCCUACGAGAUGGCGGAGAAGCAGAAGGCGCUGUUCAUCCAGGGUGGUGGCGGAGAUCGGGAACAGGAGAUGGAGGAGGAGAUGAUGGAGACCGUGGUGCCCAACAUCAUGGAGUCGGCCUUCCACCUGGAGCAGGCCAGCGUGGGGCUGAGCUCCGACGAGAGUUUCCGCAUCUACCUGGCGCUGAAGCAGCUUGUGCAGCAGCAGCCGGUGCACACGUGCCGCUUCUGGGGCAAGAUCCUGGGCCUGAGGAGCAGCUACCUGGUGGCCGAGGUGGAGUUCCGCGAGGGCGAGGAGGAGGAGGAGGAGGAGGAGGGCGAGGAGCUGCUGCUGGAAGGCGCCGAGGCGCUGGAGCCGCACGGCGGCGAGGAGGAGGGUGAAGAGGACGAGGAGAAGGUGGUGGAUGUGGUGCCCAAGCCGCAGUGGAAGCCGCCGCCCGUGGUCCCCAAGGAGGAGAGCCGCACGGGCGCCAACAAGUACCUGUACUUCGUGUGCACCGAGCCGGGCCGGCAGUGGACGCGCCUGCCGCACGUGACGCCUGCGCAGAUCGUGUGCGCGCGCAAGAUCCGGAAGUUCUUCACCGGCCACCUGGACGCGCCGGUCAUCAGCUACCCACCUUUCCCGGGUAACGAGGCCAACUACCUGCGCGCCCAGAUCGCGCGCAUCUCGGCCGCCACGCACAUCAGCCCGCUCGGCUUCUACCAGUUCGGCGAGGAGGAGGGCGACGAGGAGGACGAGGGCGGCGCGGGGCGCGACUCCUUCGAGGAGAACCCCGACUUCGAGGGCAUCCCCGUGCUCGAGCUGGUCGACUCCCUGGCCAACUGGGUUCAUCACACGCAGCACAUCCUGCCGCAGGGCCGCUGCACUUGGGUGAACCCUUUGCAGAAGACGGAGGAGGAGGAGGAGGAACUGAGGGAGGAGGAAGAGAAGGCCGACCAGGUCCUGGAGGAAGUGGAGCAGGAGAUCGGGCCUCCACUGCUGACACCGCUCUCAGAAGAUGCAGAAAUUAUGAACAUGUCUCCCUGGACCACCCGCCUGUCCUGCAGCCUCUGCCCACAGUACUCUGUGGCAGUAGUUCGCUCCAACCUGUGGCCCGGGGCCUACGCCUACGCCAGUGGCAAAAGCUGGGAAAUGACAAGCUUGCUUUUGCCAUACCCCUUCUCUGGCCACCCCCUAACUUACCAACCUGCCUCUGGAUCAAAGGAUCCAAACUUGGGGUUCCAGUUGCCCACCCUUCCACCUCCCCAUCUACCCUUCUGUCCACACCCCCACUCCUCCACCUGGCUGUCCAUCCUUCCCCUAUAAAAGACCCUGGAAUGUCACUACUGCCGACUGUGUUCUGGAUCCAGGCCCUUUGUUGGAAAGACGGAUAUGGCUGCUUUCCCAGAGCAGGUAGUGGAAGCAGAGGCAGACAACAUGCCCCGACCCUUCCUGCCAAAUAAUGCCCUGUUACAAAGGGACGAGUGCAGCUGUGAGUGCAGGGCGCGCCUGCAGCACCUGUCAUGCAUUCGGGGAUUAGGGAGCGGUUCCUGGGGAAAGCAGCCUGAGCUGAAAUCUGCAGGGGAAAGGGGGUAGCGGGCAAAGGCCGGCAGAAGGAACAUCAAAGAACAGAGCUUCCCACGCUGUGAAUAUGAGGGCUUCGGGGCAUCUGGAUAGGACGCAGAUUUCUGGUUGUGGGAGUCUGGCAUGGAGCCUGAAUCUCAGGCUCCUCCCCAGCAGUGGGGCUUGAACCCAGGGCCUUUCCUCUGAGCAACACUUCUAGCUUUUUUUUUUAGACUGAUUC